AUGCUGCGGCGACUCCUGUUGAUGGCGCUCGACGCGUUCGUCAAUGCUGUGCCCGGCAUGUUUGUCGAUGCGGCGCCUGACGUGUUUGUCGAUGCGGCACCCGACGUGUUCGUCGACGCACUUGUGCCCGUCAUGCGCCUCCGUCAGGAUCUGCCAGAGCGAGUACAUACCUUUGUACCCGCCGACACACUCACCCUACUUGUCGAUGUGCCAUUCGACACGCUCGUCGACACACCGUCCGACAUACUCGUUGGCAAGAGGCCCGUCGGUCUGGACUCUAGGGCGGGUAGUAGAUUAGUGCGUGCAUAG